AUGCCCCAACGAGUGUGGAGUAACAGCAAACCACUCUCAUCAUCCCGACAAUGGCGUCCUUUCUUAUCUUGUGAAUUAAAAGAUUAUCUUGACCGUUACUGGGCUGUGAUGUUUACAGUCACUUCUCGGCCUAUUGAGACUGGACAUAUGCGGCACUACGCAUCUUGGUACUGCACACGUAUGAAAGUUGUACAUUUGGAUCAUCACAUUCACGCCGACUCACUUCGUCAACAGUUAAUUACGGUAAGCAAUACAUCAGAUUUACCACUUCUUUUUGUGAAUAAGAAGCUUAUAGGUACAUUAUAUGAUGUACAAGAAUUAGAAAAGGGGAAGAAAUUAAAAGAUGUAUUCCAUUUUGGAUUUGAAUGGAAAGUAGGUGAUGUUGGUAUUAGUGUUGGGGAUAAACCCGUAAAUGGGGUUCUACCAGCUCCUUAUGGAGAUACGGAAUUAUACCGUGGACGAUACCGUGGACCACCAGUGGCACGUCCUGUAGUCGCUUUACCAUCAUUUCAUCCUUUUGCUCCUCGAUCAGAUGAAUAG